AUGCCUACCAGACUGUCGAAGACCAGAAAGCACCGUGGCCACGUCUCGGCCGGUAAGGGUCGUAUCGGCAAGCACCGCAAGCAUCCCGGUGGUCGUGGUAUGGCCGGUGGUCAGCACCACCACCGUACCAACAUCGACAAGUACCACCCUGGUUACUUCGGUAAGGUUGGUAUGCGAUACUUCCACAAGCAACAGAACCACUUCUGGAAGCCCAUCGUCAACCUGGACAAGCUGUGGUCGCUUGUCCCCGCCGAGACCCGUGAGGCCUACCUCUCUGGCGAGAAGAAGGAGACCGUCCCCGUCAUCGACCUCCUUCCCCUCGGUUACUCCAAGGUCCUCGGAAAGGGCCGUCUCCCCGAAGUUCCCCUGGUCGUUCGUGCCCGCUGGGUCAGCAAGCUCGCCGAGAAGAAGAUCACCGAGGCUGGUGGUGUCGUUGAGCUCGUCGCAUAA